UGUGACGUCAGCGCCGGAACCUGGAAUCCCGGCUCCCGAAGCGAAGGCGGGGAGGUGGCGGCGGCUGGAGCUGGUCUCCCGCGGCCUCUCGGCGGCGCUGGGCACAACCAUGAGCGAAUCCAGCGCUAGUGGGCUCCCACCCGGCAGACCCAGCAGGCAGCCCUUCAUCCACCAAGAGAACCUCUCUUUGGACUCCAGUUGCUUUUCUCCGCCUGUGACUUUCCUUCAAGAAUUGCCCAGCUACCGGUCCAUUGCUCGGAAGAGGACAACUGUCCUGUCCCGGGACAAGCAGAGUGGUACUUUGCUGAAGCCCGCAGACUCUUACAGCCACCAGCUGGAGAGAGGAAUCGCCGAAAACCUCAAUAACCAAUCCAUUCGGAAGUACGCACUGAACAUCUCGGAGAAGCGAAGGCUAAGGGACAUUCAGGAAACCCAAAUGAAGUACUUAUCUGAGUGGGACCAGUGGAAACGGUAUAGCAGCAAGUCGUGGAAGCGGUUCAUUGAGAAGGCUCGUGAGAUGACGACCCACCUGGAGCUGUGGCGGGAGGACAUACGCAGCAUAGAAGGGAAAUUUGGCACCGGGAUCCAAUCCUACUUCUCCUUCUUACGGUUUCUGGUGUUGCUGAAUUUGGUUAUAUUUCUGAUCAUCUUUAUGCUGGUUUUGCUCCCCGUCUUGCUCACCAGAUACAAGAUCACCAACAGCAGCUUUGUGCUCAUUCCCUUCAAAGACGUGGAUAGUCAAUGCACAGCAUAUGCAAUAAGUAGUUCUGGACUCACUUACUUUUACACUUACAUCAUAGACUUACUUUCUGGCACCGGUUUCUUGGAGGAUACCUACCUCUUUUAUGGACAUUACACCAUUGACGGGGUGAAAUUUCAGAACUUCGUCUAUGACUUGCCUCUGGCUUAUUUAUUAAGCACGAUUGCCUACCUGGCCCUGAGUCUUCUUUGGAUAGUGAAAAGGUCAGUGGAAGGGUUCAAAAUCAACCUGAUCCGGAGUGAGGAGCACUUCCAAAGUUACUGCAACAAGAUCUUCGCGGGCUGGGAUUUCUGCAUCACCAACCGCAGCAUGGCAGACCUGAAGCACAGCAGCCUGCGCUAUGAGCUCCGGGCAGAUCUGGAGGAAGAAAGAAUUCGGCAGAAAAUAGCAGAAAGGACUUCAGAAGAAACAAUACGGAUUUACUCUCUGAGGCUGUUUCUGAACUGUCUCGUGCUGGCUGUUUUAGCAGCAUGCUUUUAUGCCAUCUAUAGAGCAACGAUAUUCUCGCAAGAACACAUGAAAAAGGAAAUUGACAAGAUGGUCUUUGGAGAGAACCUCCUGAUAUUGUACCUGCCUUCUAUUGUGAUCACGCUGGCCAAUUUUAUCACCCCGAUGAUCUUUGCCAAGAUCAUCCACUAUGAGGAUUAUUCCCCAGGCUUUGAGAUCCGGCUGACGAUCCUUAGGUGUGUCUUUAUGCGGCUGGCCACCAUCUGUGUGCUGGUGUUCACCCUGGGCUCCAAGAUUACAUCCUGCGACAACUACUCGUGUGAGCUCUGUGGCUACAACCAGAAACUCUACCCGUGCUGGGAGACCCAGGUAGGGCAGGAGAUGUACAAGCUGAUGAUCUUCGACCUCAUCAUCAUCUUGGCUGUGACGCUUUUUGUGGAUUUUCCCAGAAAGAUCCUCGUGACCUACUGCUCCUCCUGGAAGCUGUUCCAGUGCUGGGGCCAGCAGGAGUUCGCCAUUCCCGACAACGUCCUGGGGAUCGUUUACGGACAAACCAUUUGCUGGAUCGGUGCCUUCUUCUCGCCCCUCCUUCCUGCAGUCGCCACCCUGAAGUUCAUCAUCAUCUUUUACGUGAAAGAGAUCAGUCUUAUUUACACCUGCAGACCCUCCCCCAGGCAGUUCAGAGCCUCCAAUUCUAAUUUCUUCUUCCUGUUGGUGUUGUUGAUCGGGCUGUGUUUGGCAAUAAUACCUCUGACCAUCAGCAUGGCACGCAUCCCUUCCUCCAAAGCCUGUGGGCCGUACACCAACUUCAACACCACCUGGGAAGUGGUCCCCAAGACGGUGAACACCUUUCCCAGCUCGCUGCAGUCCCUGGUCCACGGCAUCACCUCGGAAGCCUUCGCAGUGCCUUUCUUCAUGAUCAUCUGCCUCGUCAUGUUUUACUUCAUCGCCCUCGCCGGAGCACACAAGCGGGUGGUCCUGCAGCUUCGGGAGCAGCUGUCUCUGGAAAGUCGUGACAAGCGUUAUCUAAUCCAGAAACUAACAGAAGCCCAGAGGGAUAUGAGGAACCGGCUAGAAUGAUGGCGAGAUGCUGCUGCUUGGGGCAUAAAAGCUGGCUGGUGACCUGCCAGCCUACAAAGCCCACCUGGGAUUUUAGUGAAAAUUUUUAAAUAUAUUUUUCUGGAGUUUGGGGCUUUCCUGAAAGUGGCUCCAUCCAUGGCCGGUUUUUACAUCCCCCAGCCCCUAUUUAGGGCUUUAGGGACUUAGAAACGCCAGGUCAAGGCUCUGUCUUUGCCUGGGACCCAGUAGCUCAGGGACAGGUCGACACAGACUUAGGAAGCUGUUGAUGCUUUCCUGCCAAAAUUCAAGAGACCAUUUAUAUUUCUACAAGCUUAUUUGUAUUGUCUUUUGAAGUUAACUGCAGGGGUUCUCUGUCUGUGAGCCUGGGUUCUUCUGAACCAGGAUCUAGGGCUUUAGGCCGAGACGUGUCCCUUCUACUUCUUAGAAGUAGGGACUGUCUUGAAUUCAGUUCUAUAGACUUAAACUGGAGCCUUUUUGUUUGUUUGUUUGUUUUGGUUUUUUUUUUUUUUUUUUAGGGCCACACCCGUGGCAUAUGGUGGUUCCCAGGCUAGGGGUCGAAUCAGAGCUGUAGCCACUGGCUUACGGCCACAGCCACAACAAAGUGGGAUCCAAGCAGCAUCUGCGACCUACACCACAGCUCUCGGCAACACCACAGCUCACGGCAACGCCGGAUCCUUAACCCACUGCAUGAGGUCAGGGAUCGAACCCGAGUCCUCAUGGAUGCUAGUCAGAUUCGUUAACCACUGAGCCACAAAGGAAACUUCUAACAUUAAUUUCUUUUUUUUGUUUUUUGUUUUUUUUUCUUUUUAGGGCUGUACCCAAAGCAUGUGGAAGUUCCCAGGCUAGGGGUUGAAUCAGAGCUGCAGCUACUGGCCUAUACCACAGCCACAGCAACACUGGAUCCUUAACCUACUGAGCAAGGCCAGGGAUCUGGAGCCUUUUUUUUUUUUUUUUUUUUUGAAUGGAGAAAUCCCACCCGGAUUUUAGUGAUGUUUGGAACAUAAUGGGAGCAUAGAGAGGAUGGUUAUAUAAUUUCACCAACAUGAUAAGAGAGAAAAAAGCCCGUCUUGUGCUGUGAAUAAUAAGCAAGGACCUGAGUGAAGAUGAGGCAAACAGCUGCAGGAUGGCUCCCUGGGCAUUUGCUGUAGCCUCAUUACUCAGGGGAAGUUCCUUUCAUCACCCCAUUAUCCACACGCCUUCCGUUCCCUCCUAGUCCUGCAUUUGAAGACUUGGCAGAGGCAAUUUGUCUCUCAUUUCUCCAAAUACCCUUUCCCUUCCUGCACUAAUACUUCAGAGCCAGGCUGGAAAGAGCCAUCCAGUAUUUGAGUUGUGGGUUUAUGUGCACAAGUGUUUGGGCACGUGGGUUGCAGCCACAGGCCAGCCAGGUGCAGGUGCACCCAACUAGACCAAAUGCUGACAUCUUAAACACACAUGUUCGUGUUUUUAAGGGUGGAUGGUUGUUUCCUUGUGCUUAAAAUUUUUAGUUUUAUCUGACAAAACAUGCAGAGUCUCUCUUGAGAUUUCCAUUACCGUAAAAACCCGAUGCAAUAAAUACCUCAUCAUAAGCUGACAUGAAAUUGAUAGCUUUAAACCUUGGAAUAUAAGCCUAAUGUAAUGCUAAUGUAAUGUUCUCAUGGUGAUACCGUCAGUGUCUCCUUCAAAGCACUGUAGGUUUGUAACAGACCCUGUGUGCCCUUCUUCCAUUGUUUUGCAUCCUUUCAUGGGCUCCAGACCUUUCCUGGGGUAGCCUGGAAUUUUAAGGUGGAGGCAGGUAUUAAAAAGCUGCUGCUGUAAAGACGGGUUCCCACCCUUAGCCCCGUCCCCCCGUUACUCAAAGAUGGUUGACGUCUUGCUCUGAGGAGCAAAAGCAAGCUUACCACGGUUUAUGCAUUUCAAUGUAUUUGUCCCUUUGCCAGACCUUUCAUUUUGCACCUCCACAGUUAGUAUGAACACUGGAUUUUUUUUUUUUUGGUCUUUUUUUUUUUUGUCUUUUGAGGGCCACACCUGCGGUAUAUGGAGGUUCCCAGGUUAGGGGUCUAAUCAGAGCUGUAGCCUCUGGCCUACACCACAACCACAGCAAAGCCAGAUCCAAGCCACGUCAGUAACCUACACCACAGCUCAUGGCAACGCCGGAUCCUCAACCCACUGAGUGAGGCCAGGGAUCGAACCCACAACCUCAUGGUUCCUAGUCGGAUUUGUUUCUGCUGUGCCAUGAUGGGAACUCCUGGAUAUUUUUUGAUAUCCUCUGAGACUGCUGAGCUGUUCAAGCUUUUCCUGUCUUGUUAAGGUUUAUGAAUUUUUAAGUCCAAUAGCUAGUGUCAGGGAAUUUCAAGCACACAAAAAGCUCAUUCCAUUCUCACUUUUAAAAAGUUCUAAUUGUUGACAUUUUUGUCUAGAGCAUUUGUAUGUAUAGCAUCCUUGCCUUUACCAUGCUUCUGAGAACAGUCAAGUUUUCUGUAUGUGUGUGUGUGUGUGAGAGAGAGAGAGAGAGAGAGAGAGAGAGUGAGAUGAAAGCUGUGUUUUCUUUCCCUAGUACACUGAAAUGUGCUAAUAUAUUCAAUUUAGUUACAUGCUGCUAAUUUGCCUACUUCUUACUUGAAUGUUUUUAUAUAUUUGGAUAACUUUAAUAACUGCAGGUGAUGUCUCUAUAAAUGUUCAAGUGCAGCUCUAACGAAUGUGCAUUAAAACUACUGAUUAAAUUGUGUCUGGAAGGUUUGAAAAUG